CUUUUAACCACCCCCCAACGCGCGCAUCCCACUACGCUCCCCAUCACGGCACGUGCGCCGCGCACCCGACCCUCGGAACUCAAUCGCGUACCCACCACCUCACUUCGCAGACCCGCCGCCAUGGAGUCAUCGCCUGCGACCGCCUCCGCUCCCACCCAGACCACCACCCAACCCUCCACCAGCACGGCCCUCACCACCGUCUCACCCCUCAACACCAUCCCGCAGGACAUCGCCCUCCACCGCGCCCUGCUUUUCGCCCUGGACACGCCCGUCCAGCUCACGCCCCAGGUCUGGGAGAAGUUCUGGCCCUACAUCGACAACGUCUGGUGUGUGCACCAGAAACCACAAGGACCACACCCCAGCGGCAUCUCCAAGGUCUACGGCGGGUGCCGGCUGAUUCGCAAGACAAACUUUCCGCCGCCGCCCAUCCACGAGAACAGUCGCCCGCGCCAGCGCCGCGAGGGGGGCACAUGUAAGGCCAAGUUCCGCUUGACUAUCUAUCCGGACGGCAAGAGGCAGGUGGAGCGUACGGGGGAACCGCACAGCCAUACGCUCGAGCACAUUGACAGCAUCAAGCGCAAUUCGGGGGUCCGCAAGCUGGUACUGGACGACUUUUUCAAGAGCUGGGAAGCUGGCGGCAUUCUCGCGUAUCUGCGCGACACGGCGCAUCAGGCCGACGGACGCGAUCUAUUGAAAGAGGCCGGAGGGCUGUAUCUGAGCCGCCAGGAAGUGCAGAACAUCAUGAACGGGGCGCUGAAGAAGGCCUAUCCGGGGCAGGAUAUCUCAGAGGUCAAAAAGCAAAUGGAUAAAUACAAAACCUACACGACCUGCAAUUUCAAGGGCUGCGACGCCCCCGCUUUCCCCGACAUCAAGUCCCUCAUGGACCACCGCAAAGCCGUCCACGGGCUCAAAUCCCAUGAUCACAGCGACAAAGUCUACUCCUGUCCGGACAAGUCCUGCUGGCGCCGCAAGAAAUCCAAAGGCUUCGCCACACUCCUCGGACUCGAAGAACACAUGCGCGAAAAGCACAGCAACGGGGCCAUUGACGGGGAUCUCACGGCCAAUGGCAAUGACGACAUGGACGUGGACGACACUGCCGGCGAGAGUAGCAUGAUGGGCGCGAGCGGAUUGCUGAGCGGUUUCGACUUGACCCUAGACCCGCAACUCCAGGCCCCCAUGGCGCAAGUCCAACAGCAGAUCCUCGGCGACCCAAUCACGCCUGCCAGCAGCACCCCUGGCUCGGACGGACAACAGCAGAAUGCCCAGGUGGAACCGGAAGCGCCUAGGAUCAUGAGCGAAUCGGAGCGCGAGAGCAUGAAGUUGCGGCUGAAGCGGCUCGAGAUUGAACGGAACAAGCUGGACCAGGAGAUCUCGAGGCUGAACCGUGUGCUGUUUGGGGACGCAGUUGCGACCGGAUCUGAGAACCACGGCGCUGGUUGAUCAGAACAUCGAAGAGGAACAAUACGAGACACAAAAUUCAGCCAUUCAAUUGACAGGAAGUACGAGGCACCCCGCGAAGAGCAGGGAAAACACAGCAAGUACAUUAGGCUAGAGACCGCAUCGAUACCCAAGCAUUAUAGUGCUACUGGCGGGCUCCGCCGGAUCGGCUUGUGCAAGGCAUGGCAGUCACUGGCAGGCUGCGGGGCGGGAAGAGGGAUUAUGGAAGCGGUUCACAUGGAGAAGAAUUGGUUCGGAGUACUUCGAACAGGGUUCUCCGGAUUGUAGGAGAUCUGACGAGGAGCAUAUGAUUCUGUCGCAUGGGCAGUAUCCAAAUGGACAGCGUCAAGCAAGUUCACAUGAAAUACUGGCAAUAAGCCUACAAAA